AUGUGCAUGAAGACCGAGUGCCCGACCUGCCAGAAGCCCACGUGGAGGGGCUGCGGCAUGCACAUUGAGAGCGCGCUGAACGGCGUGAAGGAGGAAGACCGCUGCCCCAACUGGAAGACCGGCAAGCACUACCUGCCCGGCCAGGAGCCGCAGAGCUGGUGCACCGUGCAGUAA